CUCAUAGAGGAAGAGAAGCUUCAGAGAGGUGGAGGGAGGGGAAGGGCCUCAGAAAUGUCAAACUGCUCCGCUUGUCACAAGAUGGAUUCUUUCUUUUUGAUUCAUCACAUGAGCGGCGUCGACAGUACUUUCUAAUUAGCUGCCCUCUGUGGUGUUUCACAGCUCUCUUAACACGACAAUGGAGUCUAACAUUAUGGAGAUAAUAGAGGAGUUCAUGGAGAGCGCGCUGGCGAAAUGGGUUCAGCUAUUUGAGACGAUGGUGGAGAGGGAGGACGGCAUUCAGCUCUACAGUCAGUACAUGGAAGUAAACUCAAUUUCCCAGAGUGCCCGGGAUCGUUACAUGAGGCUGACCAAUGGGAUUUUCCUCAAUGAGGUCAUGAGGGUCAUAGACUCGAACCCCAAGGUGGAGCGGCUGUACGACAAUGAGAGAGAUGAUCACAUGCUGAGAGUCCAGAACUUUUCAAUUUUAAAUCGACAUCUCAGAGCCUUCUACCAGGAAGACCUGCAGCAGUUGAUACUGAUGCCCCUCCCAAACGUUGCCAUCCUGGGGCAGGACCCCCUAACAGAGGCAGCCGUGGAAGAGCUCAGGCGACUGCUGCUGCUCUUACUAGGAUGUGCAGUGCAGUGUGAGAAGAAGGAGACGUUCAUUCAGCAGAUCCAGUCUCUGGACAUUGAGACCCAGGCAGCCAUAGCCAGCUGUAUUCAGCAGGUGACUCAGGAUCCCCGCAUGGUGCUGCCACUUCGGUGGGAGGAGCUGAUGGAAGUUGAAGGUGCAGACUUAGAGCUGGUGUUCAGCUCCAUGACCAAACAGAUACAAAGCCUGCUGGCACAGAGAGAUACACAGCUGGAGAGGAUGGCAGAGCUUUGUCGGGAGCGGGAGGGCCAGGCUGACUCAACCACGACGCCCCUGGGUGGUCGCAGUGAGGAUCCACCCCAAGGUCUGGCACUCCAGCUGGCAGACAGCAAGGCCAAACUCCGCCGCCUUAAACAACAACUGGAAGAUAAAGGUGAUCAGAUAUUGGAUUACAAACAGGAGAUUCAAACCAUGGAGGAGCAGCUCAAGAAACUUCAGAAAGAGAACCGUAGUCUGCAGGGUGAGGUGAGGGGCAUGCGUGCGCUGCGGGAUGAGCUGGACUGCGCCCGAGAGCGAGCAACACGGGCGGAGCAGCUCCAGACUGAGCUUCAGAGCUGUAAACACAGAUUGCGCAGCCUGGAGCUGACGCGCACUCAACUGAAGGAGCAGCAGCAGCUGUGUGCAGCUCUGCAGGAGACCAAAGCUCUUCUGGAAGAACAGCUGGCAGACGCGCGUGCACGCUGCUCUUCACUAAGGGAGCUCGAGAGGGACAAUCUUCUGCUGCGUCAGAGAAUCAUAGACGUGGAAGCGGAACGGGACACAGAGAGGCAGCGAGUUGAUGAGCUCCUGGAGAUGAACAUGAGCCUUGAGGUUGAACUGAGGCACAGCGACAGUAUUCGUGCUCCGGUUCACCAACGCUUCCUCCAGUCAGAACUGGACUCCGACGAGGAGCUGAGCAAACUGAUUGAUCAGAAGCCGCUGAGCGUUGAAGUCGGUGAGGCUUCGACGCUGAGGCUGCUUGGAGCGGAGCAGGAAAACGCAGAGCUGAAGAGACGACUGGAGGAGCUCCAGGCGCAGCAGGAGGCCGAUUCCCCAGAGGCAAAGGAUGAGUUGGCUUGCCUGCAGAUGGAGCACCAGAACACUCUCAGAGAGUUUCAAAACUUGAAGAAUGAAAAUGCCACUUUGAAGCAGCGCCUGGAACAGCUGGUGACCAAACUGCAACACUUGGAAGACAAGGAGGAAAAGUUGAAGAAGCCAGACACAGAAGAGGAGGAGGAGAAAGUGAAGAGAGGAGUCCAGGGCUGCAAUUCUUACAGGGAAGAAGGGGAAGGACGAGUGAGGCUGAUGGCGGAGAGUGAGAGGAGAUCAGAGAUCAUUGGGACCCACAGGGAAGCAGGAGUUGGGGAAGAGAUUCUCCAAGGGGGGAAACGAGAACCACCCAACGAGGAGGUCGAGUCCAAAAGGAGAGGAGAGGCAGAGGGAGGGCAGAAAGACAGAGAGAAACAGGAGAAAGAAAGAGGAAUAAAACAACAACAUACUGCAGUAACGACAAGCUCGGAGAUCCAAACGCAUCCAAAAAGCGCGGAUGAUCGUACUGUGACCCCAGCUACAGACCAGGCUGAAUAUUCUCUUUCUGCUCCUGAUGUGGAGCUUCUGGCAAAGCAGCUCCAGGAGGCCCAGGAGGAGGCUGACAGACAGGCGACGGUGGCCCAGGACCUGCACUCUAAGCUGGGAGAACAGAGCAAGAAAACCUGGGAGGCUGAACAGAGGCUGGUGGUCUUAGAGGCUGAGCUCCAGCAUCUGAAGAAAGCUGCAGAGAGUCUGGGAGAUGCCCGCAGGCAGAUAGAGGCUCUUCACUCGGGGGCUCUGAUUAUGGAGGAGGAGCUGUGCCGCCUGCGGAGCCAGGCCGAGCUUCACAGGAUGCAGACGACGGUCAUCGCCACCCUGGAGGGAGAGCGGGCUGCACUGGAGAGAGACAGGGACACGCUACGCAGCACCAUGGAUGCCAUGAGAACUGCCCAGCGCAAGGGUGACCAGUUAGAGCUCACCAUUCAGACCCUCAGGACGGAGCUUGAACGCCAAGGUCGGAGUUUGGAGACUUCUCGUCGUCGGGAGGAGGAGCUGGAGGCAGAACUCCGCGAAGCCAGCUUGGAGGUCGACUCUGUGGCCCGGGCGCGAGACCAGGCGCUGCUGGAGGCCUCGAGGCUGGAGCAGGAGAAGGAAGUGUGUCAGUUGGAGUUGGAUGGCCAGCGGAAGGAGGCUAGGCAGAGAGAGAGGGAGGUGGCCAGACUCAGGCAGCAGCUGGAGAGCACGACCCUGGCCCUGGAGCUCAGCAACCAGAGAGCUCGUGCUCUGGAUGCUGAACACAGAAAUGUGUGUCAGCAGCUGUCUCAAUCCAAGGAGCUCUGCACUCAGCUGCAGGACCUGGAGAAAGAACUCAGCAGUCAAUUAACCAGCAUGGAGGAGGGUAAACAGCAGCUGCAGGAGCAGUACGCAGACACUCAGGCCAAGAUUAGCACACUGUCCCAGGACCUAUCCAAUGAGCAGGCACGUUCUCACAAAUUGUCCGCUGAAGUCCAGCGUCUGAGCCAGAAACUGAACAAAGCAGAGGCCGACCUAAAGAUGACAACCGAUUCUCUCAACCAAUCGCAGGAGAGAAUAGAGUCACUGUCCCAGUGCCUUAAGAAAAGUGAAUCUCUCCUCCAGCUGGAAAAGAGAAGAGGAAGUGCAGAGGUGGACUCUAUGUCUAAUUCAAAUUCAGACUCCUCAAACAAAACACUCGUUUGUCAGACACACACCCAGGAGACAUCACAUCUGGCUCAAUCUCCCGAUGCUGUCAAAGGUCGUGACCUUUCUGUGACCCAUGAUUAUAACACAGGAGAGACGGAGAGGCAGCUGAGUGAGAAGCUGAUAGAGCUGGAAAAAGAGAAAGCGAUGGCGGUUGCAGCACGGGAAGCUUUGCUGUUGAGGCUGUCCCAGUCACAGGAGGCGUGUGAGCACCUAAAGGAGCAGCUGGAGUCUCUGCGUCGGCACUCCCUCAGCCUGCAGGAGUCCUGCACCAGCCUACAGACGCUCAACACCCAGCUGCAGGUGGAGCAAGCAUCUCUGAGCUCCCAGCAUGGAGCAGUGCUGGCACGCUGCAGUGAGAGCGAGGCCCGGUGUGCAGCACUGGAGGCCGAGUCCAAGGUGUGGGCACGGGAGCGGGAGGAGUCAGUGGCCAGGAUGGAGGCUCUGAGGCGGGAUCACGAGCGGAUGACAGCUCUGCAGCAGCGGCAGGAGGUGGAGCUCGAGGAGCUGCUGGACAAACACUCUCAGCUGAGGAGCAACAACCGCGGCCUGGAGGCCCAGCACAGGGAGCUGGAGGGCAGGUACAAAGAGCUCCUGGACAGUAAAGCCCAGCUGGAGGAGAGAGAGCGGGAAAUGAAGAUGGAGAAAGAGGAGAUGGAGGCAGAGGCUCAGAGGAGAGUGGAGAGAAAGCGAGAGCUGGAGAGGCUGAAAGAAGACAAUGAGAGGCUGCAGGCCCAGCAGAAGGAGUGGUUGGCGUUGCAGGCGGAGCUGCUGGCUCAGGGCUCGGUGCUGAGGGGAGAACUGAGCGCCUCCCAACUGGAACGGACGCGACUGGAGGGGGAACUCAGCACUCUGAGGGAAACCAACCAGAGCCUGGAUCUCAGCAACGCCCGCCUCACCAGCCAGUACCAGCUGUUGACUCAGCUGAAGGGGAACAUGGAGGAGGAGAACCGACAGUUAGUGGAGCAGAACCAGAGUCUGCUGAAGGAAAACCACACCUUGCUAGAGCAGAGCCUGGAGCACCGUGACCAGCACUACUCACAGCAGAGGGAGUACCAGGAGAAGCUGAGCGAGCUCCGUCGGGAAAAGCAGAAGUUGGUGGAGAAGAUCAUGGAUCAGUAUAGAGUCCUCGAGCCCAGCAUGCAACCUCCAGCCAGCAAGGCCAAGAAGUCUAACUGGAUUGCAGACAGGAUGAAGAAGCUAAUCAAACCCCGGUCGGGAGGAAGAGAGGGACGAGCCCUCUUCAUCGCUGCGGGCAGCGUGGAAAACCUGGCCGACAGCACUGAAUUUACAUCAGAUACACACACACCUCAAACUGACCCCCGCAGUGCUCCAGUCUCCCCCUCUCCCUUGAGAAAGGCAGAGCCGGACAUCUCGGUUCCUGGGACUCCAGCCAUGCGCUCUGGCUCUGGGGGCCGUCGUAAGCUGGGAUCCCGUCAUGGCUGGGGCCUUGGGCUGGCCAGAGGGGGCUCGGGGGUCUCCCAAUCAUUCAGUCCAGGUGAUCACAAAACGCAGCCCCGCCUGCGGUUGCGCUCCAGCCAAAACGCCUCCACUGUCCUCUGGGAGGGUGAGAGAGGCGAAGCAAGCGCACCCAAGGAAGCAGACACACCACUGACCAGUCAGGAGAGUGUUGAGGAAGAGGAAGGCAGAGACAAUCACCACUCCAGUGAAGACACAGCAACUGCCUGAGAGACAACCAAAGACAACUCUCAGUUAUGUGCUCCUGGCAAUCCGUUUCGAUGCUUUUAUGUCUAACUAUUUUGUAUAUGAACUCCUUCCAGUAUUUUGAAUACACAAAUGAAUAAUUUCUUCUGUCAAUAAUUUCCAGUGGUGCUUAUUUGUAAAAGGAAUGAACUGUCAAUCUAAUGUGGAGAACCCAAAACUGACCAAACGUCAGUUAGACAGUCAAAAGUUAUACAACACCACAAAUCUACUGAUGAAUUAUAUUAAACUAUUUGUCUUUUGUAAACUCA